AUGCGAGCUUGGGUAGCACGAUCACCUACCGAUCCAAUGGAACUAAAGACUCUUCCAUCACCUGUACUCACGAAGCCAGAUCAAGUUCUUAUCAAAGUUAAGGCAGCCAGUGUAAAUCCGGUCGACCCUAUGAUGGCUAAAGGUUAUGGCAUGGAGAUCCUGGAGGUUUUGAAGCGUUUAGAUGCCUUUGAUCCUUCGGCACGUAGAUUUCCCUUAACUCCUGGAAGGGACUGUGCCGGUAUCGUAGAAGCUAUUGGACCUGCGGUGAAGGGAAUCAAACCUGGAGAUGAGGUAAUGGCGGUAGUUCCAGCCGUUUGGGCUGGUUCACAUGCAGAAUACGUCAUAUCACAAGAAGCUUGCUGCUCGCGCAAGCCAUCUAACCUCAAUUUCGCCGAAGCAGCUGCUAUGCCGUAUGCCGCCAAUACAGCAUGGGCCGCUCUUGUUUGUGUAGCGAGGAUGAAUCCCCGUUCAAAGCCAAGUUUGUUUUUGUAUAAUUGCUAUGCCGUUUAUGGGAAAGAUCGACAACUUAUUAUAGCUGAACGAGUACUAAUCCACGGUGGCGGCGGCGGAGUGGGCACGAUGGCCAUUCAAAUGCUGAAAGCUUGGGGGACUGAUAAAGUCGUUGCUACUUGUUCAGAGGAUAGUGCUAUCACAGUGAGAAAACUCGGUGCUAUUCCAGUCGAUUAUCGAGCAAAAGAUGCUCGAGAUCAACUAAUUGAAGAAGGGCCUUAUGAAGUGGUCUUUGACUGUGCUGAUUCCGAACUGGCUAGAUGGAGCGAUAAUAUUAUGAGCGCAUGGAAGAACAGUGUCCAUGUGUCUGUGGCAAGCCCAUUGUUAAGGGAUACUGACCGAUAUGGUCUUCUGCAGGGUUUGAUAACCACCGCCGUGAAGCAUUUCUGUCGGAGCUAUGAGAGUGCAUUACGUGGACGAUGGUUUUCGUACGCAUUUUUUAUGCCUAGUCAGGAGUGUAUGCAGCAACUGACGAAAUUCGCCGAAGACGGAAAGAUUCGACCGGUAGUGGAGCGCGUACAAUCCUUUGAUAAGCUACCAGAAGCAUAUGAAAAGGUUUCGGCUCUACACGGUCGUGGUAAAACAGUUCUAUCUUGGGAGGCUAUUCGACCAGUAGUGGAGCGCGUACAACCGUUUGAUAAGCUACCAGAAGCAUAUGAAAAGGUUUCGGCUCUACACGGUCGUGGUAAAACAGUUCUAUCUUGGGAGGCUGUGGCUAACUAA